CUGUGCGCCCACUCAUCGCCUCGCGCAUUGAUGGCCACUUGCUAGGAGAUCGCCCGCACAUCACCCACUCAUUGCCCACUCAUUGCCCACUCAUUGCUCACUCAUCGCCAAAACAAUGGUGGUCACUUACCAGUAAAUCGCCACUUACAAUGCAUGACCACUUAAACAAGCAACUAAUCACCUCGCGAACAAUUAAUCACGUCGUCUCCACUCCCGACGCCGGUGCACUUGCGCGAGAGCACCACAAACUGGCAGACGGACGUGACAAGUGUCGCGUCGUUGCGGCGCGUGCCCGCCAGCGCGGCGUCGAUGCUCCGGAUGCGGCCGCACGCGCCGUCAUCAUCUCGCCUGCCGUUCACCAGGCCUACACGACUUGCCGUCCCUCUACCAACAUGCCGCUCUCGGUCUCGUUCAACUCAAUAUCUCCCCGCAUGCAGAUAUCUUCCUUAUUCCUGCACGAUGCGUCUCCGUCGUCUCCAUCCCCCCGCUUGCGGUCCCUGCCUCUUCCUCUUCCACCUGCGCUCCCCAGUCCGUCCUCCUCCUCGCCCGACCGCGCCGAGGCGUACACCUUCAUCCACCCCUCCCUCAACAUCUACUUUGCCGACCUUUUAUCUGCCGCGCGGCACCAUCCGCUGCUCGAUGGCAGGCUGCUCACGCUGCGCGCGCACUGUGACGCCACGGCGCUCGUGCGCACGUACCGCGUGCUCUGUGGGUGCAGCCUUGGCGCGGAGCUCAUCGCGAGCGUCGCUGCCGCUGCGCCCAGCGAGGACACGAGCGAGGACGACGACGAGCUCCGCACCGCUCACGCAAACGUGCACUUGUGGAACAACAACGGCGGCGACGGCAAGGACGCGUGGCUCGGCGCCGAGAUCCAUGCGGGCCGCCGCAAGAUGGGGAGCGUGCGCAGCGUCGAGGUACACGUCAAGGGACCUGACGUCGACGCCGGGGCCGAUCAUGCCUCCCCUGGUUGCGCACACAACGGGCCGCCACGCGCCGCGCACGGCGGCGUUCGCGAGCCACGACAGCUUCGCGCCGAGCAGCCUCAUAGCACCGCUGCCGUCGGCGCCCGAGGUGUGGGACGUGAGCGAGAUCGACGCCGAGCAGGUCUUCCCCCAUGCGGGUUGUCCGCUUGCAUUGCCCGACCCGCUCGCGUUCGUGGGCGCUGUUCAGGCGACCGGCAGGUAGAUCAGUGGGCGACCAGUGGACGACCAGUGGACGACCAGUGAAC